AUGGAGAUCGGAAGUCCGAGGAAGGAGGAACAAGCUACGGCCGGAGAGAAUUUGAAUGGAGAAUCUGGGGCAAGGGAAAGAGAGGGCCAGUCAAUGCGAAAGGCCAGGGGUUCGGAUGUUCCCCAGGUGCUGGAGUCUCAGUCGUGUGCAGCAAGAGAAUGUGCAAGAGAUGAGAUAAGAAAGUUUGUUAGGGUUCCUGUAGAGGUGGACACGGUCGGAGGAAAGCCAUUGAUGUUUACAAUGUGGGCAUCGGAAGAGAAGCCUAUCCACAAAAAGAAGCAUGCCACAGAGGCGUACCGGGAUGUUUUUGGAUGCGAGUCUUGUGAAGGGGUGUUUGACUCCUUCAAGAAGCUGGAGCUUCACAGGGCUCUUCACAAGGGUUCCUCUGAUGUGCCCAAUCCCCUUUUCUGUCCUGUUUGCAAGAAAACAUUUGACGAAAAGCGUAAGCUGAUGCUCCACUCCAGGUAUCACAAGAUAAACAAGGACGGAGAAUAA